UUUCAGUCUUUUCCCCUUCUCUCUGGUUGUCAACCUUUCAUUACUUCCUCUCCAUCCACAAAGCGGGUUUCGUUCUCUCUGGUUCGGGCCCUUUUAGGGUUUACUCGCGCCAAGAAAAUUAUCCAUGGCUACAGUGUAUCCACAAACCGCACAAUCUCUGCGGUCAAUCUGCUUCUCUUCUCCACAAUCUCCUAAACGCCCUUCCCAGUUCCCCUCCAUCAGGUCUCCUCCUCCUCCUUUACUCGCUGCCAUUUCCUCUCCAAAACUUCCGGCGAGAAACGGUGCUCUUCAUAAGAUUAGUCGACCGCGUUUCGUGGCCAGAGCCUCCACUACUGAAUUCAAUGAAAACAUCGGCGAUAUCCUCGGCGAUGUCAGCAUUUUCACUGCUUAUGGUCGGCCUGUCUUCUUUAGGGACCUCUGGGACCAGAAUGAGGGAGUGGCGGUUGUGGCACUUAUGAGGCAUUUCGGGUGUUUUUGCUGUUGGGAACUCGCAUCGGCGCUGAAAGAGGCGAAAGCAAGAUUUGAUGAAGCUGGUGUGAAGUUAAUUGCAGUGGGUGUUGGUACUCCUAAUAAAGCUCGUAUCCUGGCUGAGAGGUUGCCAUUUCCAAUGGACUGCCUUUAUGCUGAUCCCGACCGCAAGGCAUAUAAUCUUCUGGACCUAUACUAUGGUUUAGGACGCACAUUUUUUAACCCAGCUAGCGCUAAGGUGCUUUCUAGAUUUGAAGCGUUGCAGAAAGCUAUGAAAAAUUAUACUAUUGAAGCCACUCCUGAUGAUAAAAGUAGUGUCCUGCAGCAGGGAGGGAUGUUUGUGUUCAAGGGGAAACAAUUGCUGUAUGCACGAAAGGACGAGGGAACAGGUGAUCAUGCUCCUUUACAAGAUAUCUUCCAUGUCUGUUGCAAAGUUCCUGUUUCAUAACUUGAGUAGCAAAGCAAAAAAUCAAGUUUCCAGGCAUUUUAUACAGGCAUGAUUCAUUUGCUUCUAGUAUUUCUUACUACUUAAAAGUGGAGCAUAAAGGAUAUCCUCCCAAGUAUUGUCAUUUUCCCAGCUUUGUGUAUAUGAUCCUAUAUAGCUAUAUUGCACUGUAUAGUUUAAUAUGUAAACACUGUUGUAAAUGCUUCGUCCUCAUAUCAUAUUAUUACGAAAAUACCGAAUUUUAUGCCA